UCGGGAGUACCUCAAACGUUAAGGCUUGAUGAGCGACAGGCACUAUGGAUUCCGGUACCAGCGAUCCACCGGGGACUUCCUAGCUUACGUUACGCAUCUGUGGAGUAAACUCAUCCAGUCUUAUGAAAGAAAUCAGAAAAAUGUCAGAAAAAUAGCAAUCUACAGCCCGAUUCAGGGAACAGUGACAAUAUGUCUAGGGUACAAAGGAGAUCCAAAAAUAACAAGAAGACAUGGGGCAUUGUGGAGAUACAGGGUGCCAUCAAAGAUGUAAUUUUUAAAUCGAAAAACAAUAUAGCUUCAGAAUGGAUUAAGUACUGACUUGAUUUUUUUUAAGAGGUAGCAACCUUGUAACAAUACACAAGUUUUCGUGUAUAGUGCUACACCACUGCAAUGGCAACACAACAUGGAUAUUUUUUUCAGAUUAAUCCAUUUGGAGAAAUAUUGGUUUGAAUAAUAGAG